GCGGCUCCGGAGUUACCGGGCGGCGACGUCAGGGAUCCGCCGCGGCGUGUCGUCGGCGUCGCCCGGCCCCUGGUGCGCCCCGCGGCAGGCAGAGCUCUCACUCCUGCCCCGCGGCUGGUCCGGGGUCCAGGCCCCGGGUCGAUGGCGGCUCCACAGGACUCGCGGACCGGGCCGCAGCCCAUGCCCCUAGCGGACUGCGUUAUGAGGCAUCUGCCUUACUUCUGCCGCGGCCGAGUGGUGCAUGGCUUCGGCCGCGGCUCCAAGCAGCUGGGCAUCCCCACGGCUAAUUUUCCUGAGCAAGUGGUAGAUAAUCUUCCAGCUGAUAUAUCCACUGGCAUUUAUUAUGGUUGGGCUAGUGUUGGAAGUGGAGAUGUCCAUAAGAUGGUGGUGAGCAUCGGCUGGAACCCAUACUACAAGAAUACGAAGAAAUCCAUGGAAACACAUAUCAUGCAUACCUUCAAAGAGGACUUCUAUGGGGAAAUCCUCAAUGUGGCCAUUGUUGGCUACCUCAGACCAGAAAAGAACUUUGAUUCUUUAGAGUCACUUAUUUCAGCAAUUCAAGGUGAUAUUGAGGAAGCUAAGAAACGACUAGAUUUACCAGAACAUUUGAAAAUCAAAGAAGACAAUUUCUUCCAGGUUUCCAAAAGCAAAACAAUGAAUGGCCACUGAUGAAAAAUUGUAUUUAUUCAUUCACUGUUUUCUAGUGUUUCUGGGUUUAUUACUGUCCGUUCUCAUCUUCGUUAUGUUUUAAGAAUCAAACACUUUCCUGCAGUUGUGAAUUAAACAGUACAAUGUAGUUACCAUAUCAUGCUUCAACUGUUAAAUGAAGCCCAUCAUGUCAUGGCACUAAAAAUAUUUGUUUAAAAAUCAAGAUUUAAAAAAUACAUAUUGAUUAAAAUGUACCACUAGAAAGGUAUUACUUGUGUAUAAGCAUGGGUAAAAAGGCAAGUCACUAGUUUGGGAUGAAAUACGAAAUUUUCAUGGUAAAAUACCAGCAUGUAUGUAAUUGUGUAGUGUAUACUUCUAAACAAAGAAGGCUUAUAAAAGUAAAUGCAUUAAGGCAAAGUGCAGUGGCUUGUGCCAGUAAUCCCAGCACUUAGGGAGCCGAGGUGGGAGGAUUGCUUGAGUUCAAGACCAGUCUGGACAACAUAGUGAGACCCCAUCUCUAUAAAAAAACAAAACAAAAAGGAAAUGCAUUAUAUAGAAAAUUGAUAGUUUAUGAUAAACCUACAGGGAAGAAACCCAGACUUUGUAUUUUUGGUAUUUUGUGCAUUAAUACAUUACAAACAUGAAGAUGUUUGUGAAAUUUUGUUUUAGUCAUUUUCUUUGAAGUCACAUCAUUGUACCAUUUUCAUUUUGUGUAGAGCUACUUCAGUUCUAAGUCCUCUGGACUUCCCCUGUUUUUUUUUGUUGUUGUUGAAGACAGUGAAAUAAGUGUUUUCAAAUCUGUAUGUCUCCUUUUUGUUGGAUAAUGCUGCUUUACAGGUGGU